AUGGACCUUCCUCCUCCUGAUCCCGCUGACGAGUUCCGCAGCUGGCUGGAGCUUCCUCUGGACGUGACGGCGUCGAUUCUGCUGAGACUGGGCGCCAUCGAUAUCCUGAAGAGCGCGCAGAUGGUGUGCUCCACGUGGUACAACCUUUGCAAGGACCCGUCGAUGUGGCGCGCCAUCGACAUGCGCAACUCCGGCAACAACAGGGAGUUCCGCAAGCUCCGGAAGAUGUGCCACGACGCCGUCGAUCGCAGCUGCGGCCAGUUGUUCGAUAUCAACGUUGAGUACUUCGUCAACGACGAUCUCCUCAGGCACAUCGCUGACAGUUCAAGUCAGCUCAAACGCCUUCGGCUUGUGUAUUGCUAUGGCAUUUCAGCCGAGGGAUUGAGUCAAGCGGCUGCAAAACUUCCAUUACUAGAGGAGCUUUCCAUUUCAAACUGUCCAUCGUCACAUGAAGCUCUCAAAGCUGUGGGCCGCAGUUGCCCUCUUUUGAAAUCACUCAAAUUCGACCGCCGGAUGGUGUGGUAUGACGAGUAUGCUGAGUAUGAAGAUUAUGCAGAUUAUGCAUUUGCUAUUGCAGAGAACAUGAGUGAAUUGCGCCACCUCCAGCCUUUUACAAAUAUGCUCACUAACGACACCUUGCAGGCCAUCCUUGAUGGUUGUCCUCACCUUGAAUCGCUUGACCUACGCCGAUGUUCGAAUCUCACUCUGGCAGGGGAUUUGGGAAGAAGAUGUGCUCAACAGAUUAAACACUUGCGUCUUCCCUGUGCUUCCACUUAUUAUGACCGUGAAUUUACUGUCUGGUGGCAGGAAUUUCUACGAAACAGUGAUUUUAAUCUAUGGUGA